AUGCAGCUUCCUCGCCUCAUGAUCCGGGCUGUGGCUUUGCCUACGGCAGCGUUUGCCCUUGGCAUCAACUGUAGGGGAAGCUCCCAAUGCAUGCUUGUUUCAACAUCCGAUGCUAGUGAAGCGAUUCAGGGUUAUAUACAAGCUGCCAUUGAUACCGGUAGCGGUGGGAACUUUUAUCAUGAGGGCAAACAAAUUGGAUGCAAAGACAGCAUUUGCGCAUUCUACCAGAGCGGUGCAAGCGGUGAUCUUAACGACGCUAUUACGCAUAUCAAUAAUAUUGUGAACCAUGGCUGUGGGAAUUGUGGAAGUGACCCGACCCAGCCAGGAAAUGAUGUUAGCAAAGGGGAGCUUACGGUCAAUUAUGUCAGCUCCCCAACUUGUACCAAUGGUCUUUGUGAUCCUGCUUAA